AUGCCCUUGAAAGCUGUUGUUUGGGACUUUUCCUCACCUAAGCAGGGAGACAUAAAAGUCUGCAAGUCUGCGAAUCCGCAGCCAUCGAUCGUGUGGGCGUCUUCGAGUUCGGUCUACGGGUUAAAUUCCAAGGUACCCUUUUCGGAAAAGGACCGGACUGACCAACCGGCGAGCCUGUACGCGGCAACGAAGAAGGCCGGUGAGGAAAUUGCGCACACCUAUAAUCAUAUAUAUGGUCUUUCGAUUACUGGGUUGCGGUUUUUCACUGUGUACGGGCCAUGGGGUCGGCCGGACAUGGCGUAUUUCUUCUUCACGAAGGAUAUUCUGAAGGGGAAGCCAAUUAAGAUAUUCGAGGCAGCUAAUCAUGGGGCGGUGGCGAGGGAUUUCACGUACAUUGAUGACAUUGUGAAGGGGUGCUUGGGGGCGUUGGACACGGCGAAGAAAAGCACUGGGAGGGGUGGGAAGAAGAAGGGUCCGGCGCAAUUGAGGGUCUUCAACUUGGGGAAUACGGCGCCGGUGCCGGUAACCGAGCUUGUAAGCAUAUUGGAGAAGCUUCUGAAGGUGAGGGCUAAGAGGCUGGUGUUGCCAAUGCCCAGAAAUGGGGAUGUGAGGUUUACACACGCCAAUAUAAGUUUGGCGCACAGGCAGCUCGGGUAUAGGCCUACCACCGAUUUGGAGACGGGGCUCAAGAAGUUCGUGCGGUGGUACCUCGAUUACUAUGUGGAGAAGAAAAGGAGUGCCUGGUGAUAUUUCUGAAUUUCCUUGUGUUUCACUCAUUUUGUGAGCAUUUUAUCAUAGUCGGUGAUACUGUCUUACAAGAAACAAUUGAUGUCCUGUGAUUCACAAACUGCUGGUUUGCAUCUGUUGAUAGCAUUUGCUUGCAGGGCAUAGCCGGCUUUUGUCGAGGGAACAUGAGAAGAAACUCUUAUUGCUCUUUUCUACAUGUUUCUGCUUUAUUUAGGGUGUUAUAUUUUAGCUCAGGCUUUUGUACAGUCCAUGACUGAUGAUAGAUCACAAAGAUAUUCCAAUUGGUGGACUCAAUUUUAUCAUCUUGAAUGAAAUUGAAAUAAACAAACAAACAAAAAAUUGCAUUUGUUGCAAUGGGCCUUUAUAUUCUUUCAUCUAUUUUGGUAUCAUAUAUGCAAUCGUGUUUCCAU